CAAUUGUGGAUUGCGUGAAAUACGAUGGACGACCUCGUGGGAAUCUUGAAGCGGGAGCUCGAUGAGUUUAUGGCAACACAUGCGUCGACCGUGUUGUCCAAUAUGGGAGAGGAACGUAAGGACGACGUGUGUCUGUCGGAAGUCGAGCGCAUUGGCACCAUGUGGGCCGUGAUGGCAUCGCGCAACUUUGCCGUUGCAAUCGACACCCUGCUCGAGUGGCAAUCGGGUCGACUGGAUGGAUCGCUUUUUGGACAUGUGGGUUUGUGGCUCACGGGACACGUGCUCAGGACUGUGUUGCGGAAUUCUCUGAACGCAUCGUCCGACUCCCCUGUGUGGGACACGCUCAUCGCAGCGGCGUUCAAUGUGCUCUCGGAAUGGAACCGACUCGAGAGCUGCGUGGGUGCCAACCGGUCGUUUUUUGGAUUCAAUACGACGCCAUCAAAGCCCACGAAUGAUUUCUUGCUCCAGGAGGCCGUGCAUAACCUGUGGAAGGAAAACUUCGGGCUCAUGGGGACCAGUGCAAUCCGGUCCAUCAAGCAGCACUUCCUCAACGACCUGGAGCACUUGGCUGCGACUGGCGUGACGAAAGAAAGCUACAUCAACAACUUUUCCACGUUGCGGCUGUGUCUCAUCCGUCCUCACGCCACAUUCGAUGCGGCAGCGCAAGCGUCGACGUCGUUUCUCAGGAUUCUCACCUCCUGCACGCACAAGGUCCACAAGCCCACGGUUCGACUCGUAGCACUGCAAGUGCUUGCCGCCAUUUUGACCCGAGAGCUGACUGGGCUAUCCACUGCGGGCAUUCGAGCAUAUCACGACGUCAAUGGCUGUGACGCUGCCACGACAGCGGACUGGACGUCGCUUCUGGGAGACCUGCAUGCGAUUGGGGUCAAGCAAAGCAUGAAGAAGAGGUUCUCAGUCGUGGCGUGGCACUUACGGCUAGCCGUGCUCAUGCUAUCCAACGCAGACAUGUUCUGCAAGUGGUGGAAGGUCGACGCACUUGCGCUGCUACAAGCAUACGGCCAGCACAACGCGUCGAUCCCGUUCUUGCACUUGGUGGAGCUCCUGCUGCGGCAUCUCAUCAAGCGUCAUGUGGCCGCCUCCACUGCGCCACGCUCUGCGAUCGCCCCCGCAGACGCCGAUGUGAUGGAGAUCGUUAAUGCUAUCCAAGCAUGGUGCUUUACCAAUUCCAAGCACAAAACCAAGAAGAUGCGUGUGAUCUUUUCUGUUCUGUCGCGUCUAUCCCUGUGCAUCGCGGCGUACAACAUGCCAUAUGCCCUCGACAACCACAUCCACCACUUGAUCGUUGACGCGAAUUCGAUCUAUGAAGUGCGCCGACUCGUGGGGCUCCAGUCGCUAUGGCACGUGCUGCAGCACACCGGACACGUACACAGUCCGACCAUGGCUGCGCACUUUUCCCUCGUGCUGGACAGUACAGCGCUCGCUCAGGCGCUUCCUGCACUGGGCGACGUGGUCAACCACGUUUUGAUGGCUUGCCGCAGCCAUUUGGACGCCCCGAUUCGCUCUGGUAAAGCCAACGAGUUUAAGCACUGGAUCGCCACGCAAACGUUGGAAGCAGCGAUUUACUGCACACAAGUGUUGUACUCACACAUGACAUUCGACGCAGAAACGAAGCUGCAUUUACUCAUUCGAAGCGCCAUCCAUGACGAAGAGUGUCUGCGCAUCGCUGGGGCAGGGACGCUGAGCUGCCUCGCUCGCACGCUGGGCGACAGCUCGAUCUUCCGAGCCCUCGUGGCGUGCACCCUGCAGUCGACCAAGGCUGGCACGACCUCUACCUUGGUCGGUGUUCUCCACUCGAUCAUUCAGGAUCCGGCGGUGCCGACCUGGAGCACCCUGGACUCGGACUUGGAGCCUCUCGAGGCGCUUGGCCUCAUUCUGCUCUGCCAUGCACACACUGAAGUACGGCGCGGGGCACUUAAGGUCCUCGACGCCGUCCGAGCGCUUCGGCAGGGUCGCUUGCAGUCGACCAAGAUUAAUGCGAUGGAUAUCGUGACCGGGAUCGACGGCGACCUCCAAAAGACACUGGGGCUACAGGCAGCUGACAAGCACUUGGCGCUGGAAGCUGGCGGCGUCAUCCAGUGGCUUGCAAGGACACAGGGUGCGGAAGCGCAGCCAUCGAGUCAGGACAUCGAGUGGCUCUGGUCGCUGUCGCUCACAACGCUCUUUCCACGUCUGUGUGAGAUCUGCCCCAACCUGAUCGACCACGUGUGGACUGCAGCCACGGACAGGGUGUUCGCCAUUGAGCCCCAUCUGCCCGACGACGACGACAAUGCCGACGUUUGCACACCCAGUCAAUGGCGAAAUCUGUCCAUCUUCGUCUGUGCUACCGCCACCGCGACCAAAGCGGACGUCGUGGGGGCGUUCCUGCAACACCAAAGCAAGUACCUCUCCAGUUUGAGCCUCGACCAGCGCAUCUCUGCGACGCUGGCACUCAGUUCGACGCACUCAGCGGCCCACGUCGAGCUUCUCGAGCGGCUGAGUACAAUGGAGUCCCAAGCCUUCCCAGACAAACGGCCUCUACAGCGUGGUUUGACUCGAAAGGACGUGUUCGCGCAUCCUCCGAGCAUGUCCAAGCAACCCGCCGUUCUUCAGUGGGUCCUCGCGCGCUGCGUUCGGUCGCUCGUCCAGCACCGCAUCCAAAUGUGGAGCAAUGGUCACUAUCGCGACCUCGUGCUGCGCGUCGUCGACAAGUUGUACGCUGCACUGACGACACAGGAGCAAUUGCUUGCCCAACCAAACGGGUGGCGGUGGUGGAUUCGCCUCGAGUUCUGUGCGAUGGUGGAAUCCAUUGUACAUCAAAACAACCUCCUGGCCGCCGCCGUUGAAGCGGACGACGAUGGAAAUGCCGCGGCGGCGGCGGUCGUGACAACCGCAACACGGGAGCAAUGGUUCGUCGCCAUGUGGCAGUGGUGCUCCGACCAGCGCACCCACACGGCCCCGAGCGCGUCCUCCGUGGCGAUGCUGCUCCCGUGCUACAGCAUGCCCACCGACGAGACCUCGUGGCAGCUGUACGAGUUGACCAAACGGGCCUAUCGCGCCAUGGCGAUGCUGAUGGUGGGGCCGGUUUUCAAUGACCCCGCACCGUGUUUUGCAUGGAUGGACGGCUCGUUUGCGGUCGGCAUGGACGAAGACCUUCAAGCCAUCGUCGCGUCCGGCCUCCGACUCUUGGUGCACAGUGACCCGGUAGGGAUCAUUCCGCAGACAAUCGACCGGUGCUUUUUCGUGGACGCCACCUCGUGUGCGGUAGCGACGCAGUACCUGCACGUGGUGGCGUCGAUCGCGGUCGACUUGCGCGACGAAUUUGAAGCAAAUCGAUCGUGCUUGUGCGAACUCUUAUUUGUGGCGCUGCUGCAUUUGUCCACUCCAGACGACCGCGCCGCCGUCCACAUCCUCGUCACGAUGGGCCAAGACCGCGACGUGGUGCCGCACGCGUUCCAGCCACACAACGCCAAAGCAACGACGACGAGGCAGCUGCAGCUCGUCACCAAGCAAAUUGCGCUGCGCUGGGCGAGUCACAGUGUCGACGUGCUCCAAGUCAUGCUGUCGUAUGUGGCAAAGUGCACGGCGAACCCAGCAUUGCAGACGCACGUGAUGGCGCAUUGCUCGCCGUGGGUCCACCAACUCGACGUGAUCGACCGGCAGUGCAUGUCGCUGCUCUUCCGUCUCACGCACGACCACGUUGGCGCCCUCCCGUCCCUUUCCGCACUCUGGCUGGACGUGUGCCGCGCCAAGGACUACCGCCACGUACCGACCAUCGUCGCGUUCUUGUUUGGGCUCGCCACAAGAGAGAAGCUUGACACAGCGAAGCGAGUGCUCAACUGGAUGUCGGCCUCUCCGAUGGACUCACAACAGUUAAUCCGGUGCAUCUUGAACUACGCCCAAGACGGUCCGGCAACGUUUGCGACGUCCUGUGUGACGGUGCUGCUUCUGUCGGCCCUUGCAGUCUCGCAAGUGGACGACGCCACUCGGAUCGUCGUGGCCCAUCGCGUGUUUUCAGUGCUGCACAUGGAACUCCACGACCGCGCGACUUGUCAUGACGAGAUGUUUACCGGCGUCGAGGAAGACGGGCUAGCAUUGGUGCAAGCCAUGGUGCACAACGACUCGUCGAUGAGGUUCCUGAGUUUGCAAAACGCAAUCCAAGAGUACCUCGCUUCGGUCGUGCCGCCGCUGACCGACGCGGCCCGGGAUCGCGUCGAGCCAACGGCGACUCCCGUCGCUCUCUUCGAAUCGCUCGUCGACAGCUUUUGUCGGCAUGCGUUGACCGAUUCGCAGCAGAGCGACUGGGUCACUAUGGCCGUGGACGCAUUCACAUCGGAGCGAUUUGAUGCUCGGUUUGGGCUCUUGUUGUACAGGGUGCUGCGCCCCCCCUUCGACGGUGGAGUGUGCAUCCGCGUAAUGGAUCUCCUCACGACCGCCAUCGACAGUCCCGACUUGGCGCGUUUCCUCCCCGACUACCUCGUGACGCUCACGUCCAUCGCAGCUGCCAUGCCGGACGCAAAACUCGUAUUGUACCCCCAAUUGCUCUGGAUUACGGUCGCGUUGCUGCACCACAACCACUACGCCUUUCAGUUGCCUGCGCUGCACCUCCUGAAUGCAUUUGUGACCAAAGCCACGUUUCACGCGCCGAUUGUCCAAGACAUGCUCGAGGCCCGCCGCCCGUCCGCGUUGGCAUCGUCUUCCAAAGCGUCGCCGGCCGUGUCGGUGGAUAUUCUCCUGGCUGCAUGCCGCCACGUCGACUCCCAGGAAAGCGCCGACGUCGUUCGAUCGAUCGUGCGCGCCGUGUUGGGCUCGACCGUCGACAGCAAGCUGCACUGCGUUUUGUGCACAGCUGUGUUGCUGCCACAGCUGUCCCUUUGCAACCCACCGACAGCACCUUCGAACGGGUGGUGCAUUCGCCAGGAGCUCGGGUUUCUCUGGCGCGUCCAGCACGAGGCCCAAGUGGCAGACAUUUUCUUAGCCCAAGACGGCACGGAGGCAGCGUGGCACAUGUCCCACGACCUCGGCCGGUUGCUCAUGGCGGGUCUGUCCAACUUGGACGAGGAGAAGGCAUUCUUUGACACACUUCUCGUCAUCUUGAACGGCAGGUGUGAACACCUCAAGCGCCCAACGCUCGAAUUAUUGCAGAAGAUGGUCCAGGCCGCACCAGAACACUUUUGGAAGCGCAACACGUCGCUCCUGGCAGCGCUCACUCGAAUCAUGCGGACAACCAACGCCAACGAUGCCGCAUGGCCCGUCCUCGUGUCCGUGUUGAGCACCCUACUGCCUUGUCCGUAGCAUGCAUAAAUCCAUCACACAAAUUGAACGUUUUCUGGGCACGUGAGUCGAACCGCCACGUCAUUCGGGUGCGUUCAGGGCGCUGUAUUCGUCGACGAUGGCUUGAGUGCGUUCAAAGGAGUCGGUAAAGUCGUCGCAGUCGAUGCCGUACUUGGCAAACCAAUGCAGGUACGCCCUUGCUUGGAACUGAUGCCGUGCUCGAGCGAGAAGCGUCUCGACAGUCGGGACGACGUUUGUUCCAUUCGAGCACACUGUUAUGGACGAAGAUGACGCGCCGUCCAGUGCCGAAGCCGACUCGAUCGCGUGCGGAAGCGGAAUGCCCCAGUCCACCCGAGGAAUGCCCUUCCGGACGAUGUCCACCAACGGCCCCAACGCCAAGUCCUUGAAACCCCGCGCGACAACGACCUGACCGAGCGAGGAAUACGCGCUUGUCCUGGGAAACGAUGCCACGACUUGCCUGGUGAGCGCAUGGGAAUCGUGAUGCCCCGCCAGGAGGCGCUGCGCAUACGGCACUUUUGACGACUGCUUGGACACAAAAUACGCCGACCGAACGUCGACAAACUUGGCUUGGGGAAGUGGGCAUACAUGCGACACAAAGCCGCCCAUGUCAAAAUCGACGCACAGCUUGGUCUUUGGGGACGUGAUGGGAAAAAGCAAGCCCGCCCAGUCGGCGGCGACGAGUGCAUUCAUUUCGCCAAGGGACACUUUCUCACUGGAUUGGGAUGUGGAGGACGAGAUAGUUGACGACGACGUGGAAAUGGACGUCCAGUGAGAGACGGAUCGCAUGACGUCGUCGUUGUCCUUGAGGAGCACGGCAUCGGCGUACUCUUGCAGGUGGCGCAACGUGAAGAGGGCGUUGUAGUUUUGCAAUGGAGUGUCUCCCCCGCAAAGCGAUGGUGCGAUGCAUCCACUUACAAUGUACGCUUUUGGGUACGUGUCUCGGAUGUUUUCGAGCAGCCGCGACCCGAGACCAGACCCGGUGCCGCCCGCCAAGCUGUGCAACAAGACAGCACCCCGGUAGCAGUCUGUGGCUUCAAUCUCCCGCCGAAGUGACUCCAUGACGUGCUCACCUAGAACAACACUUUUCGAUCGCGCAUACCCCAUCGCCCAAUUGUUGCCGCGACCGCUUUGUUCCAUGUGGACCGCCGAGAUACUGGAAGGUGCUCGAAUCGACCGAACGACUUUGGGCUCCGUGUCCACCAGUAUGCAUCUCAUGUGCGACUUGUUCGACUUGCGCUCUUUGCCUUUGGGCUCCUUUGCUAGCGCUAUGAGCGCGCCGCCAACUUGAUUGCCGCACUGGCCGACGUUCACGAACACGCUCAUGUUUCGUGCAGAUUGAGGGCCGCCUGCC